AUGUCGCAACUGCUCCAUGUCGAGAUCCCAAAUUUUGGAGCCACAGUGCUAGGCUCUCUGAAUGAGCAGCGUUUGUUGGGACACUACUGUGAUGUCUCCAUCCUAGUCAAAGGCCAGGCGUUUAAAGCCCACCGGGCCGUGCUGGCUGCCAGCAGUCUGUACUUCCGUGACCUCUUCAGCACGUCCACCAAGAACCAAUUCGAGUUGCCCUCCUCGGUCACACCGGCGUGCUUUGAGCAGAUCCUUUCCUUCUGCUACACGGGCAAGCUGACAAUGGCAGCGAGCGAGCAGCUAGUUGUGAUGUACACGGCCGGCUACCUUCAAAUCCAGCACAUCGUGGAACGCGGAAUGGACUUGAUGUUCAAGGCCAACUCCCCACACUGUGACUCACAGACAGCCGGCACUCUAGAGGAGACGAGCUCAGAGCCGCAGAGUCCGUGCAACAAUGGCAACGGUUUGGCGGUGGCCGCCCUUCUGGCGAACACCGGCUGGUCCCCCUCUCUCCUCAUGCCGCCGCGCAAGAUUAAACUAGAAAGCGGUGAACCCACACCCCUGACCGUUGCGACCACGCAAGGCAAAAUCUCCUCCUCUGAGUUGGGAAGCCGGCUGGCGAGGGCAAGUUCACUGUUUUACACCACGGCAGGAGGGACCACCAUCCCCGGUGUGCCUCCUUACCACCUUUUGGGUGCUGGGGGAGGUGGGCCAGCAGGCGGAGCAGCGGGUGAGCGUUCAAGUCCCGGUGAAUCCAGUCUGCCGACUACCGACAGUCCAACUUCAUACCAGAAUGAGGAUGAAGAGUUUGAAGAAGAGCCUUACGACGGAAUGGCGGAAGACAGUUUUGGUCACCUCUAUGCACGUUCAGCCAACCCCUAUGGCGUUCCAGACAAACCCGAGAUUUCGGGCAUGCCGCUGGCCCUGGAGAAUCGUAAUUGCGUGCUGAUCCGUCGGGAUCUGGUAGCGCUGCCCGCCAGCCUCAUUAGCCAGAUCGGCUACCGAUGUCACCCAAAGCUCUACACAGAGGGAGACCCCGGCGAGAAGCUGGAACUGGUUGCUGGUACACAGGUGUUCAUGACUCGAGGUCAGCUGAUGAAUUGUCAUCUCUGCGCUGGAAUCAAACACAAGGUCUUGCUGCGCCGUCUGUUAGCGACGUUCUUUGAUCGAAAUACUCUAGCCAACAGCUGCGGGACUGGUAUUCGCUCCUCCACCAGUGACCCCAGCAGGAAACCCCUGGACAGCAGGGUCCUCAACGCUGUCAAACUCUACUGUCAAAACUUCAACCCUAACUUCAAGGAGAGCGAAAUGAAUGUGAUUGCUGCUGACAUGUGCACCAACGCCCGACGCGUGCGUAAGCGCUGGUUGCCCAAGAUCAAGUCUAUGCUGCCCGACGGAAUGGAAGUGUACCGUGCCGGAAUGGCCAUGGGUGCCGCCACCCCCGUGCCCGUGGGCCUGAACCUGGGACUGGGCGCCACCCCGCAACAGGUGACGCUUCCUUUUGAGACCGACUUCAAAAGCUUCGACCAGAGGUUGUACCCCGAGCGCAAGGACCCCCUGCGGACUCAUCCGGCGCUAGCCGACGGCAGCCCGGGGUCCGGGGCGGCGGCGGCAGCUUCCGAAGGAGAAGCGGGAGGAACCCAGGAAGAGCAGGAGGAGGACGAGGACGACGCCGGUUUGGAGGCUAGUGACACCUCCGCCAAUUUGAUCCCCAACGGCAGCGACGCGUCCGCUUGCGACGAUGCGCCGCCCGAGCAAGAAGCUUUCGGACAAGGCCUGAGGGUGAACGGACAGUGA